AGGGGAAAUAGUUGUGACGGUCGCUCAAAGUGGCAAAGUUGUAGCUGACAGCAGCAGAGAGCAGAGUAAUGGAGCCUGAAGAGAUUAGAGAGGGGUACUUGGUGAAAAAGGGUACAGUGCUAAACACAUGGAAGGCAGUGUGGGUAGUGCUGUCAGAAGAUGGGCUGGAAUUCUAUAAAAAGAAAGCAGACAGCUCUCCAAAAGGAAUGAUUCCACUAAAGGGAGCCACACUUAUCAGUCCUUGUCAGGAUUUUGGCAAGAGGAUGCUGGUUUUCAAGAUUACCACAGACAAGAAACAGGACCACUUCUUCCAAGCCUCACAUGUGGAGGAGAGAGAGACUUGGGUCAAGGACAUCAGGAGAGCCAUUACCUGCCUACAAGGGGGGAAAACGUUUGCCAGGAAGUCCACAAGACGCUCCAUUCGCCUGCCGGACACAGUCAAUCUGCCUGAGCUGUACUUUCUGAUGAAAGACCAGGAUGAUGGAGUGAAAGAGUUAAAACUGGAGCAGGAGAAUAGAAUCUUCAACCACUGCUUCAUCGGUGCAACUGUGGUGGACUGGCUGAUUUCAAAGGGGAAAGCCAGAAAUAGGCCCGAGGCCCUCAUGUUAGCAACAGGGCUCCUGAAUGAGGGUUUUCUACAGCCUGCAGGAGACAUGUCAAAAGAAGGAGCUGAGAGUGGAGAACACUCAUCUUUCUUAGAUCAGACAAAUGCUCUUUACUACUUUGCAGAUAGUGGGUUCUUCUGUGAAGGCUACUCCAGUGAUGAAGACGUGCUUGUGAAGGAAGAAUUCAGAGGAAAUAUCAUAAAACAAGGCUGCUUACUUAAACAGGGACACAAGAGAAAAAACUGGAAGGUCAGAAAGUUUGUACUGAGAGAUGACCCUGCUUAUAUGCAUUAUUAUGAUCCUACAAAGGGUGAUGAUCCUCUGGGCUCGAUCCCCCUCCGUGGGUCUGUGGUGACAGCUGUGGAGUUUGUCCCUGAUGCCAAAAAAUACGACAUUGAUGGCAACCUCUUUGAGAUCAUCACCUCAGAUGAGAUUCAUUACUUCCUCCAAGCGGCUACAGGCGAAGAAAGGAAGGAGUGGAUAAAAGCAAUACAGACAGUGUUAAAAAGUGGAAAAUAACAGAAGCAGUGAUGCAGCAGUGAAUAUCUGCCAGCCACAGCUGAACCUACUGACCAUGAUACAUCUGUACUUUCAUUUAACAGUGUGUCAACUAAUUAUAACUUAUAACUAUAAUGUGAUGCUGUCAUUCUAGAACAAAAUCUCUUAUUUUGGUGUCUAAAAGCAAAUUAAAUAGUUUAACACAACCAUCUGUAACUGUACCGUAUAGUAAGUCGUAUAAUGUGACUUAGAUUUACUAAUAGAGCUCACUACUAUUGGAAUCUGCUGUAUCUGAACAUUGAAAAGGUCACCAACUCGGAGCACUUUCUGUAUGAAUAAAGUGUGAUUACAAAGAAAAAACAAUGCGGUUCUCACUUGUUCUCAUGUCUUCUAAGAGUUUCCUAUAGUUGAAUCUAUCAUACAAGCACACUCAGUUCCUAAGUGUGAAAUAAACAUGCAUCAUUUUCU